AAGGAUUUUCAAAAAAAUGUCUCAAGAAUUUUCUCAAAGGCCUGAUUCGGCAGUAGAAAGUUAUCAUUUAGCUAUAAAAAAUUUGGAACUUGUGGAAUCACUUUUUAAUAGUAGGCAUAUUAAUAUUACACAAAUACAUCAAGAACUACAAAAAUGUUGUGAAAAACUAGAAAACAUAAUUUCUGAAGAAGAUACUAGUAGCCCAUAUUCGGUCGAUUUAUUGUACUUAAAACAGCUUAUAUUAGAACAAAUUAAGAUAAUGGAAAGAAAAUACAUUCCACAAAUUAUUUCUUCUACAAAAGUUUCUAGUAAAAUGCAGCACAGUAGAGAAGAUAGAACACAAAGUAUAAUAAAUAGCACAAUAGAAAUCCCUGCAGUAAAUAGUUUAAGAGAAAUUGCUGGACUUUGGGAUGUUAAAAAAGUGCUGAAAUCUUUAGUGAUUUUACCUAGGAAUCAACCACAACUUUUUAUUAACCGUAGAUCAUGUAAUAGCGUCUUACUAUUUGGUCCUCCAGGCACUGGUAAAACACGUCUAGUGCAUGCACUAGCUUCUGAAGCUAAUGCUGUCUUGCAUUGCAUUUCUAUUAGCGCUAUGUUGUCUCCUCUUGUAGGUCAAACAGAGAAGAACAUGCAAACUGUUUUCGAGUAUAUCAGGAAAAAUGAAAAAUUUUCUAUAUUGUUUAUAGAUGAAGUAGAUGGAUUUUGCAGGACAAGGCAUGACUCGGAACAAGAUCAUACCCGCAGAAUGAAAACUGAGCUAAUGUGCCAAAUGACCAAAAUGGAAGACGUAAAGAAUAUGUUUUUGAUUUGUGCCACAAACUGCCCCUGGGAUCUAGACACUGCCUUUCUGCGACGUUUUCAUAAACGCAUAUACAUACCUCUCCCAGAUAUGGUUGAGCGUCGUGAACUUUUUCAGUUGUUCACUAAAGACACACCUCUGGAGGAACAUUCAGAGUACUGGGACCUACUUAUUCAAAAAACAGAAGGAUUUUCUGGAUCAGAUCUUUUCAAUUUAGUUCAGUCUGCACUUAAUAUUCCCAUAAUUGAGCUGGAAGAUACUAAAAUUUGGAAAUUUGUUAAAGACGGGUUCUAUGAGCCUGUUGUUACUCCUGGUGAUUUUAAUUCGGAGAAUUUAAUCUGUGGUGAACUGGACGAGUUGCCACAUCGGUCCGUAAGGGCUAGAUCACCGCAAAUAUUGGAUCUUUUUAACUCUUUAAAUAGCAUUACGGCCUCUGUCUCUGAUGUGAAUUUGAAAAGAUAUGAAAUAUUCAUCAGUAAAUAAUAAACAUUAGGCAUUAACUUACUUUAUA